CUUGAAGUAAUUUUAUCGUCAUUAAAGUUAAAUUUAUGGACUUAAAACUUUUGCUGUGUGUUUAACUUCACUGUUUUUCUUGAAUUUACAACGGGAUGUAUUAAGCAAAAUAAAUUAUUUAUAAGAGUGACAUAACGCUGUCUGGCAGUACUGACAUUUUUGACAACUGCCAUUGUGAAUAUUGCUUUCUAUAUAGCAGAGGGAUCAUAUAGUGUGCUGAUUGGUGUUUUUUUGCCUGUUGAAAACUAAUUAACCAUCACAAUGUCUGAUAAAGCGGUGGAGAAAGUUGGACGCCCAAUGAAGUAUCCAUAUACUUUCAGUGCAAAAAUUGCCCAAUUCCCGCUGAAGCAUUAUAUCCAAAAGCAAUGGAUCUGGAAAUACUAUUUCGUUGCCUUCGGUUUGUGCCUUCCUGUCUUCUAUAAAAUCAGCAAAUUGGCCAACUCACCCGAAAACAAAAAGAAGUGGGCCGAAAGCCAAGCAAAGGAAGCUGCCGAACAUCAUUAGAUGUAGAAGAAUUUCACUGGUCAUUUGAUUUAAUUUCUGAUAUGAAACCUUUGGAUAAUAUGUUCAAAAAUAAAUAGCACACUUUAAUCCUAUCAAAA